AUUCCGAUGUAACUUUUAGUCAGUUCCUGCUAAUCGUAAUAGGAUUCCGUAAAAGUCAUACUGGAUCAUGGCGAGCCUUUUUUCAACCUAGAAGAAAGGAAUAUAGACGGUAACACUCCUUUGUUGCAUCUGGCGCACAACUACUCGUUAGGCUAUGAUGCCAUGAGAUUCAAGCUCCUUCUAGAUCGAGGUGCCAAUAUACACGCUCGGGAUAAUAGAGGGAUGACCUGCCUUCACAUUGCAGUUCAGUCAGCGAGGCCUAGAAAUCACUUGAAUACAAGAGUGGAAGAAGACAUGGAAGCGAUUACUCUGCUUACUCAACGCGGCGCAGAUAUCUUCACCACCGACUAUUCCGGUCGUUCGAUCUUCGAUGAUGCCUAUGUAUGCGACCACGAGAAGGAAUAUCCUCGUGGCAGCUAUCGUGGCGAUCUCUGGGACGCUGCGCUGUUCCGAUGUGGUCACGGUGAGCAUAUUCAAAGGCCGGAAGAAAGGAUGUGCCACUAUACUCAGUGGUACACUGAGGAAGAGUUCGCAAGACUUUGGGAGGGGAUGGCACAGGAUUGCCCUUAUAUCUCUACCCCUUCAGCGAUAUGCCCGGAUCGCGAUGAGGUGAAUCGACGCGCUGAGGAGUACAAUCGGCGCCGUGAAGAGUACAUUCGGCACUAUGAAGCGAACUAUCGAAGGGCUGAAGAUUCGGUCUCUGAGGAAGAGGAGGAAGAUUCGGCAGAUUCAAACAUAGGAGACGAGAUGUAUCUCACGGAUUCCGAGCAAGACGGGUCCGAGAUUGGGUACAGGGGUGGAAUCGUACUUGGAGAAGUUGAUGAUCUUGACGGGGAUGAUGCAGGGUAGCUGCAUGAGGGAGAGUCAACAUGAGGAUCUAUUGGAUGUUACCAGUCGCUUUUGGAUGCAGUCACAGGAGCCAAGAUGACACGAGGAAUC